AUUAAAGUCGUUCUCGUAUGCUUUCUCGCAUGAUGACCUCGGUCAACAAUAGAGUCCUUCUCACCAUCUGCUUCGUCUUUCAAGCUCUCCUGUUGGCCACGGUCACUCAUAUGCCCUGAGAUUUCCGAAAAGGCCAAAUCUCCAAAUCACCCAAACUCCUAAACGGUUAAAGUGCCAAACCCUUUGAAAAUUGAGGUCGACGGAGGAGGCGGCCGAACUCCAAAAUCACCAGACUCCAAGCGAGCAAAUAAGCAACCGGCCAAGAUUCCAACUCUCCAAGAGGAUAUUCCUACCAUUCUCCGCAGUGUCAUAUUUUUCAAUUGGCGAUGUCAAACACUGUUCCCAUUCCAAGCGGCAUGUAUAAGUUAGGCUUCAUCGGAGCAGGAAAGUUGGCAGAAAGCAUUGCGAGAGGGGUAGUCAAAUCAGGCAUAUUGCCGCCUUCUCGUAUUCGCACUGCCCAUUGCGGCUCCGCUCGCCGCACUGCCUUUGAAUCAUUUGGUGUCACCGUCUACGACCACAACAAGCAGGUUGUUGAAGAUAGUGAUGUGAUCAUAUUCUCUGUGAAGCCUCAAGUUGUUAAAGACGUGAUAUUAGAACUGAAGCCCGUUUUUACUGAGAAACAACUUCUGGUGUCAGUUGCUGCAGGUGUCAAAUUGAAAGACUUGCAGGAAUGGGCAGGUAAUAGUAGAUUUAUUAGGGUGAUGCCAAACACUCCGGCAGCUGUUGGCGAGGCAGCUUCUGUGAUUAGCAUGGGGAGUGGGGCUUUAAAAGAAGAUGGAGAACUGAUCUCAUUGCUGUUUGGAGCUAUUGGGAAAGUGUGGAAAGCUGAUGAGAAAGUGUUUGAUGCAGUCACUGGUCUAAGUGGAAGUGGACCAGCAUACAUAUAUUUGGCCAUAGAGGCAUUGGCUGAUGGAGGGGUGGCUGCUGGUCUUCCUCGAGACCUUGCACUUGGUCUUGCUACUCAAACUGUACUGGGGGCUGCAACUAUGGUGGCCAGUGGAGGGAAACACCCAGGUCAACUUAAAGAUGAGGUAGCCUCAGCAGGUGGCACCACCAUUGCCGGGAUUCAUGAGCUGGAAAAGGCUGGGUUUCGCGGGGUAUUGAUGAAUGCUGUUUUAGCUGCAACUAAGCGCAGUCGAGACCUUUCCCAGAACUAGUUAACAGUUUUCCCGUCAGCUCUAGAUUAUUUGUUCUACAAAGUCAGAAAGCAGCUGUUCUCUUUCUCUUUUUAUUUAUUUAUUCAUUUUUUAUUGAUAAACUGAUGCCACUUGAGUCUACAAUAGACAAUUACUCUCUGUUUUAUGCAUCAUUCUUGUUCCCACUAAGCUAAU